AUGAAUGUUGACGCUAUCAAGGAGAAGGUGAAGGAGGCUCUGAAAGACAACCUCAAGAUGGACACUGAUGGCAAGGAUGAUGGUGUGCACAUAAUGAUACUACAUUCAGGCAACCCAUGGGAAUGUGAGAAGCCUGCGGUUAUACAGGAGACUCGUAUCUUCAACAGCACCCCUAUUGAUACGGUCAAGUGUUGCAAGCUUAUCACUAAGAUCCUCUAUCUGAUCUCACAAGGUGAAGACUUCAAGGGCUCUGAACUAACCGACAUGUUCUUUGGAAUCACCAAGCUUUUCCAAAGCAAUAACGUUAAACUGCGGAGGAUGGUGUAUCUAGUUUUGAAGAAUCUUCACCCUAGUGAGACGGAAGUUUUUAUCGUCACAUCAUGUUUGACAAAGGAUAUGCAGUCAACCAAUGAUUCAUAUCGAGCUAAUGCUAUACGAGUAUUGAGCCGUAUACUUGACCCCAACAUGGCUGCUCAGGUCGAUAGAUACCUCAAGUCAGCUAUUGUGGAUAAAUGUGCAUUUGUCCAAAGCGCUGCCCUUGUAUGCGGUAUGCAACUCAUGAGCACAGUGCCUGAUCUCGUGAGAAGAUGGGUAUCCGAGGUCCAAUCCGCAGCUCAGAAUACCAGUACCCCUAUGGUGCAAUAUCAUGCUCUGGCCCUCCUUUAUGACAUCAAACGCAACGAUCGUCUAGCCCUACAGAAGGUAUUGGGUCAGUUUACUGCCGAUGGACAGGCCCCUCCUAAGAGCCCUAUGGCUGUUUGCUCCCUCAUCCGCUAUACUGGUGCAGCCCUGAUAGCCCAUGAUCAAGAUAUAGUGGUAGAAAGGCAACUCCUCAACUUUUUGAACACAUGCCUGCGACAUAAAUCCGAGAUGGUACAAUUCGAGUCGGCUAGAGCCUUCUUCGACUUGGCUGAUGUCGAGAUCAAGAAGAACCCGCGUCAGGCAGUAUCUAUGGCUAACCAGACCAUCAUAUGCAACGGAGUAUACGAUAUGUCAUCGGCUAUGGCUGUGAUGCAGGUCUUAUUGAAUUCUCCUAAGCCUGUGGUUAGGUUUGCAGCCAUAAGAUGUCUCAACAACCUAGCCAAGACCCGUCCAGGGGUUGUAUCGAGAUGCAAUGGCGAUAUCGAGCCUCUACUAUCUGAUACUAAUCGUAACAUUGCCACCUUGGCUUUGACCACACUGCUUAAGACUGGGCAGGAGGCUAACAUUGACAAGCUCGUGAAGCAGAUACAGACCCUUAUGAGCGAUAUAUCAGAUGUUUAUAAGUUGGAUAUUGUACGUGCGAUCAGAGGCCUGUGUAUACAGUAUCCCUCCAAGCAUCGUGUAUUAAUGGGAUUCCUAUCAUCGAGUUUAAGAGAGGAAGGUUCACACGAGUUCAAGAAGGAGCUUGUCGAUACUAUCAUACUCGUCAUCAGCCAAGUACCUGAGGCCACUGAUCUAGGCCUCCUACAUCUAUGCGAGUUCAUUGAGGAUUGUGAGUAUCCAGCCCUAUGCUGUAGAGUCCUCACCUUUCUAGCCAGCCAUGUACCAUCGACAGAGCAUCCUGAGAAGUAUAUCAGGUUCAUCUAUAAUCGUCUUAUAUUGGAGAAUGCAGUAGUCCGUGGUGCUGCUGUCGAUGCCCUGACCAAGAUAGGCCUAGCAGUGCCUACACUCCGUGGAGACAUAGUAACUCUGUUAGAGACAGCCGAUAAGGAUAAUGAUGAUGAGGUCCGAGAUCGUAUUCGUCUAUAUACUGCUACUAUGAAGGAUGCCAUGUCACCAGUGAGUUCGGAUUCUACAGAGGCUACAGAGGAUCUAGAAGUCCUACUUACUGAGAAGGAAUUACCCUUCUCUAUCGGUGAGCAUCAACAUCUACUCUUGUAUUAUGCUUAUACUCGAUACCGUCUAGAUGCACUCUAUGACAGUAUGCUAGUCCAAAUGUCGGAUCCUACCAUGCAUGAUAAGGAGCUUGACACUAGUAUCCUACCAACACCCGAGGCUUAUAGAGCUCAGAUGAGAGAGAUGGAGAUCGAGCGUCAACAGGCCAUGGAGGCCUCUGCUGCUGUCGCGUCUCAGAGUGCUAUAGCGAGGAUGGGUGGUGCAAGACCUGCUGCUGGGGGUGCCAGUGAGACAGAGGCUAGUACGGGCUCGGGAGGAGGUCGUGCUCCUCCUGGGACUGGCAACGGUGCUCCUGGUGGUGGUCCAUCCUAUGGUGAUACCCAACAGGAGUUCUACCAGGCUCUAGCUCCUCUGAUAUCUUCAUCGGAUCUUGGCCCUCUCCUACACUCGAGUCGAGGUCAGAUGUUGACAGAGCAAGAAGCUGAAUAUCGUGUUAGAGGGAGGAAACAUAUCUUUAAGUCAUAUCUGGUGCUCGAGUUCGUUGUUACCAAUACUCUGGAGGAUGUACAAUUGGAUAACAUAACCGUUAAGUUAAGUGGUGUAGAGGAGACAGGCCUCUUCCAGGAGAUAGGCGAGCUUGGUAUUGCUACACUGGCCUAUGGUGAUAGCGGAUCAGCCUAUGUAGUGUUACAGAAGGUGGAUGGUGGUAUACACUGUGCAAGGUUUGGAGCAUGCCUAGAGUUUACUGUGAGGGAGGAUGGUGACGACAUAGGGUAUAAGGAUGAGUACCCUGUUGAGGAUAUCACCCUUACUAUUGGGGAUCAUAUAUCCCCACGAGGUCUACCUUCUGGACAGUUCCGUCAGGGUUGGGAGGCUAUGCAUGCCCAAGGUGGUGGGGAGACAACAGCCAAGCAUAUCCUGGCCUAUAAAACUCUAGAGCAGGCUAUUAAGGGUAUACAAACAUCCCUUAAUUGUGAGCCUUGUGAUGGCAGUGGUAAUACUAAUACGGCUGCUAGGGGUCAUACCUUACUCCUCUGUGGGACCUUUGCCGGUGGUAUGACUGUAUUGGUGAAGUGCCUCCUUGGUAUUGAUCCCUCUCGUGGAUGCUUAUUGAAGUUGAGUGUACGUGCGAAGAGCCAGGCCGUUACUGAGUUGGUUGCCAGAGCUAUCGAGGAUCAGCUGGGAGCCUCUCAUGUCAUCCUGAGCAUCACGGCAGCAGCAUCAUCAUCAUCAGCGGCUUACAGGGUCUCCUCUCACACUGGUGGUUACCCUCCCCAAGCGUACCUCGGCGGCUCCUCCUCCUCCUCCUCCUCACACAGCGCUGUUGAUGAGUAUGUGAAGUCCCUCUCCCCUAAGGAUAAGCACUACUUAGGGCUGCAUACUAUGGGCCUCUUCGAUAAGACGGAUACUUUCCUACCUCGCCAUAUAGGCAGUGGUCAGAGUGACAUAGAGGAGAUGUGCCGUGUGGUUGGUGCCUCUAGUCUGAAGGAGCUCAUACAGGAGACCAUACCCCGUAUAGCCCUGCCCUGCAGCUAUUCUUCCUUCUGA